AUGACGAACUCGGUCGAGUCCUCGCGACCCAUUCUUGCCAACAACGCCAACCGCGCCUCGGCCCGCUUCUCCACCUACAGCGCCGCACCCACCCUGACCCCUUCCAUCGCCCCCUCGCACCUCUCCGCCGCCUCGUCCACCGCCGGCGACCCCAAGGCCCAAGAGAUCAAGUCGUGGAACGCGGGAUUCGAGCGCCUCGAGGACAAGCGCCUUGCCUCGCAGCGCUACCAGCUCAGCUCCGAGAAGAACGACGACAUGAACAAGCUGGCCCUGGGCGCGAAGCUGGAACGCGCCCUCAAGAGGCGCAUGAGCGGGCAGGAUGCCGUGUUUCGCGCAAAGGACUUGAGUGAGAAGAAGGUCGAGGCGUAG